CCCAACCUUUGCUUUCUUUCACACCUUUUACACAUACAUAACCAUCAUCACAUACCAUCUCUCUCUCUGAAUAACUCAACUGCUGGUGUUUUCAGGUGUCCAUAAACGGACACUAGUUGUUAUUUUUAAUUUCCUAUUUAAGAGAUACACAUAUACCCUUUCUUUGCUUUACCAUUCCCUUUCUCAUCCAUUCUCCAUUCUCCUUCUUCCCACCCGCAGGAUGGAGCCAUUCGGUGGAGAGGAAUGUCACAGCAGUGAAUCUGGAUGGACCAUGUACAUUGGGUCCCCUAUGGAUGAUGGUGGACACAGCGACGAUGCUGACAACGACCACCAACUCAUUCAAACCGAUCCACAGAAUGCUGAUGAUGACGAUCAAAGUGAAGAUGAUUCUAUGGCUUCCGAUGCGUCUUCUGGGCCAAGUCAUCUUGGGAUUAAUCAUGGUUUUCCGGAUUUCCAGCGAAAUGCUCAAGAGGAAUGUGAAGCAGACAAGUGUUGCUUAGAGAAGAAGGCAAAUAAAACCCAACUCAAGCAAAUGGAAGGGAAAAAGGCGGAAAACAAAGGGAUGUUAUUCGUUGCUACCAAAGAUAAGUCUCCAGUUCAGGGCCGUGCCAAGGUGAAAAGAAACUUUGUGGGGAAAAGGAAAUAGACACAUGUUUUCCUGCUCCACACCUUCUUAAUUUGUUGCUUAGGUUUCCUUUUUAACUAAAUAAUUUAUGGCUGCAAUUACUGAUUUGCAUUAACUACAGCAUGCAAGGAUUUAAGGGUAUCUGGUUAUUAUUUUCUAAAACAUGUU